UGAGAUUGGAGCACACAUUGCAUUUCGAUGGUAUGGCGAGGCCUUUUCCGGGCGUUGGGUUGGGCUACAGGCCUCACGCUGGUGUCUGCGGGGUCGGCUGCCUCGUGGAAUGAUUUGGGGGCGUUAAAGAUGCUGCAUUGGGCGACAGGGGGGCCUUCGUGGACGACUUCAUGGCCAGUGUUAGAUACCAAAAGCGAUCCAUGUUUGGACCAUUGGUACGGGGUGCUAUGCAACACACGUGGCGAAAUACUUGCUUUGAAACUCAGUCACAACAACCUUCGAGGGUUCGUGCCUACCAAUUUCGCUCGACUGACCGCCCUUGAAGUUUUGGAUCUCAGCUCCAACUACCUUACGGAAGCCCUACCCCCCGCGUUGGGGAAUCUGGUGUCGUUGCAAACCCUUCGCGUUGAUCACAAUGCAUUUACGGGCCUUGUGCCAGAGACAAUAGCACAACUGCCGCAUCUUCUGACGCUGUACGAACCACUAACUCGAGUGUGUCGUCAACUGGAUUACGAAUCCUUGUGCGUUUUCUUUACGCGUGUAGGACGCUAGAAUCGAACCAAUUCGAGUCGCCGCUGGCCCUGGCACUGUACAACUUGCAAACGCGUCGGGAUGUAUACGUGUCGUACGACCUCGUCAUGGCCCCAACUCGUUUUGACCCACAAUAAAGAUUCAACCUUGUCGAUCGCAGGAGCAUCACAUCCAUCGCUACGUCGUUAACAAAUUAACGUCUAAAACGGCGAGUAGGUUCACUAGUACUCGACUACAAUUUGAAUCGUCCAAAUAUAACUUCUUGGUCA